AUGAUCCACGUCAACGAAAACGGUAAUCACGAACAACAAGUGCAGAAUUGGCGAGGGGAGUUCAUCGUGGUGAUGCAUAGGCACGUCACCAGCCAGAUUGGUACCAGAUCUGACCGAGAGUUUCUGUAUGAGAUUUUGGGUGAAGUAAUCAAGGCUGGAGCAACAACUCUCAACAUACCUGAUACUGUUGGCAUAACUAUGCCUAGUGAGUUUGGGCAAUUGAUUGCUGAUAUAAAAGCCAAUACCCCAGGAAUUGAAAAUGUUAUUAUUUCAACACAUUGCCAAAAUGACCUUGGGCUUUCUACUGCCAACAGUAUAGCGGGAGCUUGUGCUGGUGCAAGGCAAGUGGAAGUAACAAUCAAUGGCAUUGGGGAAAGAGCUGGAAAUGCUUCCAUGGAGGAGGUUGUGAUGGCCUUAAAAUGUCGUGGUGAGCAUGUAUUAGGGGGCCUUUAUACAGGAAUCAAUACUCGACACAUUGUGAUGGCAAGCAAAAUGGUAGAAGAAUACACGGAUUUACAUGUUCAGCCACAUAAGGCCAUUGUCGAAGCCAAUGCUUUUGCUCAUGAAAGUGGUAUUCACCAGGAUGGAAUGCUAAAGCACAAAGGUACAUAUGAAAUUAUAUCUCCUGAAGAUAUUGGGCUUGAGCGGUCCAAUGAAGCUGGUAUUGUCCUGGGGAAACUUAGUGGACGCCAUGCUCUGAGAGACCGAUUGAAAGAGCUUGGUUAUGAUCUUGACGAUGUUCAGCUUGGGAACAUAUUCUGGAGCUUCAAAGAAGUAGCUGAACAAAAAAAGAGAGUCACUGACGCUGAUCUAAUAACAUUGGUUUCGGAUGAAGUUUUUCAACCAGAAUUUGUGUGGAAGCUUCUUGAUCUACAGGUUACUUGUGGAACUCUUGGUCUUUCUACUGCUACAGUUAAACUCAUUGAUGCUGAUGGGAAAGAGCAUGUUGCCUGCUCGGUCGGAACUGGACCCGUAGAUUCAGCUUAUAAAGCUGUUAAUCUUAUUAUAAAGGAACCAGUUUCCCUUCCUGAGUAUUCAAUGAAUGCCGUCACAGAAGGCAUUGAUGCUAUAGCCUCGACUCGCGUUCUAAUCCGCACUGAAAAAAGUCACGUAUCUACGCAUGCAUCGACCGGUGAACUUGUUCAUCGAACAUUUAGUGGCACUGGGGCAGGAAUGGAUAUAGUUGUUUCCAGUGUCAAAGCUUAUAUCAGUGCGAUAAAUAAGAUGUUGGGAUUCAAAGAACAACGUCCAACAAAGGCUUCCGUAGAAAGAACUCCAGCUUCUUCUUAA